ACUAUUUUAUUUUUGUUUUUACUCUUGUAAAUUCUGACUUCUAUGUUAUUGGUUGCCUUACUUUUUCAAGUUUGCAAAUUUUUUUCACGGCUUCGAUUACUCUAAAAUGAUAGUUAUAACUUAUAAACAUCAAUAUUAAUUAUCAUAUUUUAACAAUAUAAGACAUUAUGAAGUAUAAAUAUUAAAUGUUCAUUUUGAUUUUUGAAUAGUUAAUUAUUUAUUACGUUAGUAGUUACAACUAAAUUGGCUAAUGUUCCACUGUUGACAAUAUAUAUAUCGUGUUGGUUAAUCUUAUUAAAAUGCCACCCAAUUCUGUUGUAAAAACAUCCCUUAUUGUUGGAGGAUUAACAUUUCUGGGUUUUAUGGCUGGAGGAAGACUUGGUUCUAUGUUUGGCGCAGUUAUUGGAACAGUUGUUUGUUCAAUGUUUAAUAUUGAAGAACCAAUAAGAGAACCAAUGAGAGAACCUCGAGAAGAAAAUCCUCGCUUUACACCUUAUUCACGUCCAAGCAAUACAAAUCGGAAUAAUAAAAAUAAAGUCAAUAAAUCUAAAAAUGAACCAUGUGAACUAUCCAAAUGUUCAAUAUGUCUUGAAUCAUUUAAAGCUUCAAUUGUAUUAUUACCAUGUUCACAUAUGUGUUUUUGUGAUGACUGUUUUGAAAAAGUGAAAAAGAAAAGAGUUUCUUCUUGUCCAAUCUGCAGACAAAAUAUUGAAGAUUUUAUGGAUGUGUAUCCUUCAUAAGCAAUAUUGUAUCAAAUUUGCUAGUAAUUUUUUUUAAAUAAUAAAACUGUAUAAUUACUUUA